AUGACGGCGGAACUCCUUGAGAGCGCUCUGCAUGCGGUGCUGCAGAGCGGUUUCGCAAAGCGUAUCACCAUUGAGAUCUCUCGAGCCGACAGUGUGCCAGCAACAAAGGUUUCAUUCAUUUGCUAUCCCAUGGCAACGGUGACCAAUGUGAAGACUCUUUUGCGAGAGCGGUUCAAGAUCUUGCAUCAUCAAGAGAUUCGCCUCAAGGACAAGACGACUGGAAGUCACGUCUUUGGUACUCUUGCUUCAUCAGCUCCAGACAGGCGCUUGACUUGCAACGUUGUGACGGUUGAUCCUUCUCUGCAACGCCUGUUCGACAUGGUGGAAAUGGGAGACGAACAAGAACGCGACCGUAUGAUGGCUCUCAUGAUGACUCCUCGACGAGCCAAGCGAUGUCCUCAAGAUCACGCGUUACAAGAGAGCAAUGUUCGGGUGUUGAGCCUUUGUUUUGCAUCAUGCCACAAAUGUCAUGAAGGUGUGUUUCGUGGUCGAUACCUGCGCUGCGGUCAGUGUGCGUAUCCUCUGUGUGUGAAUUGCUACAAAACCGAUCAAGGAGACGCGAACCUCAUGGUCGCUGCACAAGAUCCCUACGAAGAAACGACAAUCAUUGCCAAACAAAUCGGAAAGGAACAUGCACACGCGGCGUGUACCCUCGCGAUUGCCCUUCGAAUUGGGAUUCCGUGGCACGCUCGUUGGGGAGAAGUGGCACCCAAGAGUUUCGUUGUGGACAAUAUCGAUCUCUCAUCUCUCAACGACAAUGUCCCCAUCGGUCUGAUCCAAAAGAACGCGAUGACUAACUGGGCAGUGGCUUCGGGAGUUCGUCUUGUCAUUCGCUUCAACGAUGCGCUUCGCGAAUUUGUUGCAAGGGUCGUCGACUGCCCAGACCCAGACAGUCUUCUCCCGGGAGAGACUGACGAGAUCCUCUCCAACAACCUGUCUAUCGAGCAGUUCACGUCCUACGUUGAGAAGAUACAAUCGAACACUGGACUUUGGGACCUAGUGUUGGCACAUCUGACAUCAAAAGCGGGGGAACGAGAUCGGGACUUGGAUCCCAAACGCAUCAAAUUGUGCCCAAAAGUGCUUUCAUGGGAAGUCAAAACGGUGAUUAUUGAAGCAAAAGUCAGGCUGUUUAGCCCCGCCUAUCUUUGGCAUCAGGUUGCUCUUUAA